AAAAAGUAUCAGGAACUGGUGUGCGUGCGGUUAUCUGUUUUGUUUUCGUUCCGCUGAUUCCAUCAAUUCAGUGGUAAAUCUGCAGUAUUCGUUACGGAAAAUUGGUAGCAAUUUUCACUUAACAUGGGACUGCUAUCACUGUUGAGGAAGCUACGAUCUACACCGGAGAAGGAACUAAGGAUUUUGCUGUUAGGGUUAGAUAAUGCCGGCAAGACGACGCUGCUCAAACAGUUGGCUUCCGAGGAGGUUACACAGAUAACCCCUACCGCAGGCUUCAACAUAAAAUCCGUAGUCUCCGAUGGUUUCAAGCUGAACGUGUGGGACAUAGGCGGCCAGAGUAAAAUUCGCCCCUAUUGGAAGAACUAUUUCGAAAACACCGAUGUUCUUAUCUACGUUAUCGAUUCGAGUGAUCGCAAACGCCUGGAAGAAACCGGCGACGAAUUGGCAGAAUUAUUACUUGACGACAAGCUUCGGCAGGUCCCGAUGUUAGUGUUUGCCAACAAGCAAGACAUAGCCGGAUCGCUUAAAGCGUCGGAGAUUGCUGAGUGCCUCAAGUUGGUUAAACUGAAAGAUCGAACCUGGCAGAUCCAGGCCUGCUCGGCACUCGAGGGCACCGGAAUUAAGGACGGAAUGGAUUGGGUUUGUAAGAGCAUCAAGAAGUAACUUUGUGUACGGAUUUAGAAUAAGUACUUCUCUAUCGCUAUCUUGACCAUUUUAUGUAUGUGCGUCUUUCACUGACCAUGUAAUGUUUAUCUGUUUAGGUUAAUGUUUAGAAGCCUCAACUAUUUAGGGCAACUUCAUCGGUGCUCGUCAAGUCUAAGCAGAACUUUGUGUUGAAGUGUUCGUCAUAUGCUGCUAGCCCAAAGAAUUUAGUAACAAACCUCGGCCGUCAAAAUGAUGCUUUCUUGAUGAAGAGCUCUUCACUCCAUUUGAUUGUAAUCUUGUCACCCGGAGAAAACUGAUGCCGGUCAUCGCGCGGUGUUGACUUGGAAUCACGCAAGUUGAAUCGGUGGGUAUAGAGGGUAGAAGUUCCCGAAGCCUACAUAGAUGUAGUUGUUGAUCGUCGGGGAAAGGACUUCAAUCAAGUUUUGGUAGACCGAAAAGGUCAUUCCAAGGCCAUGAUUAUCAUAUGGCGUCCACUUUGAUCGUCAUAUGAUGCUCACGAUAUCCACCUAUAUUUUUGACAAUGAACACGGUAAAAUACUUCACAGUAUUGAAUACACAAUAUUUGAAUGCAUAGCAUACUCAAUCAUAAGUUUGAAAUUAUUCAAAUAAAACUUGGUCAUUGUUCCCCUAGUAUAAGCAUGAGCAACGACCUCGCUAACUGAAUGCUUAAGAGGGAAAAUAUCAAAAUAAUAAUACCAAAAAUUAAUACGCAA